AUGCCUGGAGAUCACAGACGCAUCAAAGGUCCGGAGGAGUCGCAAUCACCUAUGCUUUAUGCUCCUCCGGAUCAGGUGCUAGAGGUGAACACUCAGGACUACGUCCCUGCUCGAGACCCUCUGCGCCAGCGGCCUGUGUAUGUGAGGGUGGGUCAGCAGAGCCAGGCCACCGGCUCUGCCUACUUCGAGUCGGGGGACACCAAGCUUGUGGUGUCUGUGUUUGGCCCACGUCAAGCCGAGGGUGGGGAGCCACCGAUCGGGCUCAAAGGCCGUCUGGUAUGCGACUUCCGCCGGGCACCUUUCUCGACCCCGGGCCCUCGCAGAUCUCCUUCGGGUAGCAACGAGGAGAAGGAGAUGAGCCAGGCCCUUCACGAGGCGCUCCUGCCCGCCGUGCGCUUGGAGCGCUACCCCAGAGUCCUGCUCGAAGUAUCCGUUUUGGUACUCGUGGAUAGCGGCUCAACCUUGGCAGCUGGUAUCACCGCCGCAUCUUUGGCCUUGGCAGACGCCGGCAUAGAGAUGUUCGACCUCGUGGUGGGCUGCAGUCUGGCCCUGCCCUCAGGUCCCUAUGCGCCCUGGCUCUUAGAUCCGGUCUUAUACGAGGAGCAACGCGCCGUGGUUCACCUCACCGUGGCGCUUAUGCCCGUCACUAACCAGGUGGCCGGCAUUUUGGGCAGCGGAGAGGGCCUCUCCACCGACCGCUGGGCAGAAGGCGUGCGCCUUGCCAUAGAGGGCUGCCAACGCCUUUACCCCACCUUGCACGCGUGCCUAGUGAGAGCCAACAAGAGGAGAGAGAGAAGCCCGAGUCCAAGCCCACUCCGAGAGAGUGGCAGAGAGGGAGCGAGCCGGCGAGGAACCUCGAAUGACUCUACCAUUUCCACCAUUUCAACCGCCUCCCGACGACUAUGUCGAGCCUGCCCAGCCCGCCGAGUCUGUUGA